CAACAACAUCUAAACAAAUUUUUCUAUAAAAAGGCCUUAUUUCUUCAUUUAUUCUUCACUUUCAUAAAUCACCUUCUAAGAUAUCAUAGAUUUUCCCUGAUGACAAGAAGCACUGCUAUGUCUUUUUCUUUGAUCUUCAAGCUUUUCCUUCUCAGCCUUUUCUUGAGUACAUUGCUCGCUUCUAGCUUGGAUUCCGACGAUGAUGGCAAAAAGAUUUAUAUAGUAUACAUGGGGAAGCUGAAGGACGACCCUGAUUCCGCUCAUUUACAUCACAGUUCACUCCCUUUUGCUCCAGAAUCUGUGGUCUAUACCUACAAGAGAAGUUUCAAUCGAUUCGCAGUGAAACUCACUAAAGAAGAAGCUAAAAAGAUUGCAAUGAGAAUUUACCAUUGGUGGUGUCGAUCGAGCUCGGGAGAGGAAGAUUGCGGUGGAUUCUACAAAGUUCCAGGAUCGAGGACAACAUUACAGACCCGAAAGUCACCUCCCAUACCCAGUUUUUACUUCCAAACUUGCUACCAGACUUGAGAACUUGGCGGCCCGACCCAGUUCAGUGGCUUCUUUGCACAUGCCUGCAUCAACUCACUCUGUUCAACCCGUUCUAGUCGAUCGGUGUGCCUCUUUUCGUUGACCGGUCAGUGCGUGCAUUGACCAGUCGGUCUAGAAGGUCCGGACCGGUCCAGUUGACUUAGUUGAGUCGGUUUGACCGAUUCAACCUUGUUUUUGGAGUUUCUAAGCCGGUUCGAGUGCUUUUUGGCCGGCUCGGGUUGGUUCAAAGAGUUUGAAGCCGGUUGGAGAGGGUUGCUGUAAUAAUUUAGUUGUUUGUUUGUUUUUAAUGUCAAAACCGGUCCACUGUAAUGUUGUUUAUUUAUUAUGCAUGUGAUGUAUGAUAUUAUCUUAAUUAUGUGUGCAUAAAGUAUGCCAUAUAGUUUUCUUUUUAAUAAAACCCCACCAUAUGGAUAA